AUGGCGGCGGCGGCGUCGCUGCCUUCGCCGUUCAGGAACAUGCCGUCCUGCGCCGCGGAGUGCCGAGUCCGCGGAGAAGCCACUGUCAGGAGGCGGGCCAAAACCCACGCAAACAAGCGGUGCGUCGUGAAACUGCUCGGCGAGUUGGUCGCGAGCUACGAGCUGGGCAAGCCGGGCUCCAAGGCAAGCGGAAGCAUCCGGCAGGAGGCGCCCCAGGGGAUCUACGAGGUGUUCCCGAUUCGCGACCCCAAGGCCACCUUCAGAAGCCGCCGGGCCUGCAGCGACGCCGUCCACAGGAUGCUGAGGGAGACGCCGGUCCUCGAGGGGUUCGAUCUCAACCGCGCCAACUGGGACGAGUUCCUGCCCGACCAUGUCGCCGGGGUCGUCUUUCGUAGCCUCGGUGACCAGGCUGGUCGCUACGACAUUGACAUAUCUCUUAAUAUCUGGGUGACGGUCGUCGAGGAUAUGGCGGAGUGUUGUAUCUGCCUGUCAUACCUGGUGGAGGAUCAAGACGCUGUGAGGCUGCCUGGUUGCUCCCACGCUUUCCACCGCUCCUGCCUUACGCCGUGGCUGCAGAGAGCCAAGACGUGCCCAAUGUGUCGCGCCGUUAUGCCCAGCCACGUGCUUUACAGCCUCAUGCAUCCUCCAAAGCGUCAAUGA